UGUCAGCUGACAGGCAGCAUCCGUCACAACACCGCGCUGCUUGCUGACAGCUAGCUAGCUGCUAUUAGCCGAGGCUCUGCGGGUAUGUUUCCCGGAGUCAGAACCGUAGACGGAGGUUUGUGUACUAACAACUCAUGGCGGCCGAAAUCCAGCCCCAACCGCAGGCUCGGAAGCCAUGUCUGCUGAGCAAGAUUGAGGCUUUCCAAGAUGUUGUUAGCACGGCGGUCAUCAUUCCAAAAGAAGACGGCGUUAUCAGCGUAUCCGAGGACAGGACGAUUCGGGUAUGGCUGAAGAGAGACAGCGGUCAGUACUGGCCCAGUGUCUACCACACAAUGACAACUUCGUGCUCCUGCAUGUCCUUUAACCCGGAGACCAGGAGGCUGUCCGUGGGGAUGGAUACUGGCAGUAUCUGUGAGUUCAUCCUGUCAGAAGACUACAACAAGAUGACCCCAGCAAGCACCUAUCAGGCCCAUCAGGGCCGAGUGACUGUGGUGCUGUUCGUGUUGGAGAUGGAGUGGCUUCUGAGCACCGGCCAGGACAAAAACUUCAACUGGCACUGCUCAGAGAGCGGCCAGCAACUGGGGACGUACCGCACCACCGCUUGGGUUUCAGGACUACAGUUUGAUGUGGAGACCAGACACGCCUUCGUAGGGGACCAGUCUGGUCAGGUGACCAUCCUGAAGCUGGAGCAGGACAGCUGCAGCCUGGUCACCACUUUCAAGGGACACACUGGUAAUGUGACGGCGCUGUGUUGGGACCCCGUCCAGAGGGUGCUGUUCUCCGGCAGCUCGGACCACUCCAUCAUCAUGUGGGACAUCGGAGGCCGCAAAGGCACCGCCAUCGAACUGCAAGGACACAAUGACAAGGUUCAGGGCUUGUGCUACGCCUCACACACUCGUCAGCUCAUCUCCUGCAGCUCAGAUGGAGGCAUCGUCAUCUGGAACAUGGACGUAUCACGACAAGAGACCCCGGAGUGGCUGGACAGUGACUCCUGUCAGAAGUGUGAGCAGCCGUUCUUCUGGAACUUCAAACAGAUGUGGGACAGUAAGAAGAUCGGCCUGCGACAGCACCACUGUAGGAAGUGUGGCCAGGCGGUGUGCGGAAAGUGUUCGUCCAAACGCUCCACCAUCCCCCUCAUGGGCUUCGAGUUCGAGGUGCGUGUGUGUGACAGCUGCCACGAGUCCAUCACCGACGAUGAUCGAGCGCCCACAGCCACCUUCCACGACAGCAAGCACAGCGUGGUUCACAUGCACUACGAGCCGACCACCGGGAAUCUGCUCACCUCCGGCACCGACAAGGUUGUCAAGCUAUGGGACAUGAGUCCUGUGGUGUCCUGAGGUCUUUUGGGAGCCCAGCAGUCAGCAGGAAGCUCUGUUCACCAAACUAUGAUGGUUUCACGGUGGCAGUCGCAGAAAGAGAGAAGCGUAUCCAAAAACAUCGAUGUCACCUGGAUAAUAUUCAACAAUGAGAAGUGGCUCGUGAGGACACUGCAGGCCGCUGAAGACUGGGAACAGGACCGGCCGUGGCUGACGAGGUGGAGACGUAAAAACAUGGAGUCUUCCAUCUUCAAUAUCCUCGUAUGGUGACCCCGACAUUUAAGAGUUCAGGCCAUUACAGAGGCAUUACUGUCGAUCCUUGUCAUGAUACAGUACGACCACUGAAGUGUUGUAAUCUGAACAUCUACACUUCACACUCGCUGAUCCUUCCUUCUCUACUGUCGGCUGUUUUAUGAGAUUAUUUAUUAUUCUACGUGUCGGUCUUAAUGUUUCUGCACAUAUCAUUAAUCUAAUCCGUGGCAUCACACUCACACACGUGUCAGGACUGAAAGGAGACUAAUGAACAUUUGAUUCUGUUCUCAUCGUUACUGCCACGAUACUGACUUUUGUGUCAAUGCACUGGAAUCAAGAAUCAAGUCACAAAUCGCUGCUGAAGAGAAAAUCUGAUGAAUUCUUUUGUGAUUAUCAACUUUGUGCUUCAACGGUUCAGAUGGUAACUAAGUGGAAUUGUUCUGUUUAAACCGCAUGAAUGAAUAUUCUAUCUGUUACCUUUUUGUUAAACUCUUUAUCCAACAGCUCCUACACAUCAUGUUUGUUUCAUUUCCUUCGCAGAGCAGUUUCAAAUGCAUGGUGUACAGUUUUAAGGAUGUGUUUUAUGAACUUAAUGUAAAACAUUGGCUGCCUGGAAGAGAAGUAACAAUCACCCAAACAACUAAAACACAACAGCUUAGUUUGCAAAUAUAAAUACGUGUGAUCAUGUGAAGUUAAUGUGAUUUAAAUGUGCAAAAUCAGAUUAAACCGGGACGAGAUCUAAACUUCUGCUGCAGUCACAGCGGAUUCAUCCAGGGCCAGUGUUUCCUUUCUGUUGCAGGAAAUAUACCCGACAUUGUUGUGCGUCAGUGUGUCCAUCAACGUAACGUGUCUGAAUUACAUAUUAAAAGAGCAGGUGCACCUACUCCACAAAUUGUGA